AUGGUGUCAGUGCGGUUCUUGUUCGAUUUCGAGUGGGCACCGCUCACGGGGCCAUGGUCGCGAUUCCGUUUGCGGGAGGCAGCCGAGAAGAUCGCCGCGGCGGAGAAGGAGGUGGAGCUGGUGACAGAGGCGGCUGCACCUCUCUCCGACGAGGCAUCUGAAGAGAUGACCGCGGAUGAAGCCGCCACGAUUUGUGAGAAGGCCGGCACACAGGCCAAGACGGCCCAGGCAGCCGUCGAUGAGUCGAGGACGUUCUUGUCGGCUAGGUCACAAGAGAACAAGGGCAAUAUCGGCAACGCCGAGACGAUCAAAAGUCUACAGACCCGGCUCAACGCUGCGGGCACCGCGCUCUCGAAAGCCAAGAAGGUGGUCAACAACCAGGAGCACAAGUUCGUUGCCAAGAAACUGCUCCAGGAGGUGAAUGAGAUGGUCGACAGCCUCGAGACAGAGGUGAAGGCUGCAGAGGAGGUUGCUGCUCCACUGCUCGAGAACGGCGGUGUCCAGUUCCUGGUGGCUGGCAGCCUCAAGACCUUGGCCGCCGCCCUCCGAAGCUACAUGAAGGAGAAGAGCCUCGAUGUGGCAGCCCUCUUCGCGGAGGCCAGCGGGGGCAACCUACCGAUCGGCAAAGAGGACUUCCUGUCGUACUUGAAGAAGCUGCCAGAGGCCGUCGACCGCCCCGAGGUGGAGUUCACAGAGGACGAACGCGCCGAGGAAAAGAUCCACCAGUACCGACACUCGCUGGAAAGCGGCUACAAUGCCGAUCACAGCGACGGGGAGCUGCAGAGCGUAGAGAUGGAUGCGCUCGUCUUCCUCCAGAUCAUGAAGCACUGCAGGUCGGUGUUUGUCUUCCUGACGCUUCCUGCGAUGUUCAUCUGCAUCACCGGCACCUUUGCUUUGGGCUUGGCGCCGGCAGAGGGCUGGACGGUGCACGACGCCUUCGGUUUCAUGUGCGCCGGUGUGACGGGCGGAGCCAUCCAGAUCCAAGGGCACGCGCUCACGCCACAGUCCCACUUCAACAGGAUGGUGGCCGCCCUACUCGGCUGCUUUGGCGUGGUUCUCUUCGGCCUGGCUAUCGCGGUGCUCAGCGCUCUGGUCCCCGACAGGCUACUGGCCGCCACGGGACUACUUCCGAAGGUCGUGACGCGCCGCUCGCCGUUGCGGCUGGGGGUGCUUGUAGUGGUUGUCGUUCUUCUUCAGCUCUGCGUCUCCUUCGUCUUCGGCGGUUUGCUCGCGCUGCUCGAGGGAUGGGACUUCAUGCCGGGAUGGAGAGCGGCGAUCUCUGCACAGCUGGGCGGCGGUCUUCCUCUGACAAUUCCCAUCCCCUCGCAGACACUGACGGAGCUGGUGCUGGUGGUGGUGUCGUGCUGGGCGGUCGGUUUCGUCACCCUCAUCAUUUCUGCGGCCAGCUCGCUUUGCACGAUGAUUUUUCAGAAGCUGUGCACGGUGAACUUCGGCGCAGAUGGGAGGCCGAUUGCCGCUCUGGCCGUCUUUGCUCUCUUAGACCUUCUGGUGGUUCCCCUGGUACUCGUCGUGGCUAUGUGCUUGGUGAGCCUCGCGCUGUUGAUCACAGAAGGUGCCGACUUCGAGAGGAACUUCUGGAUGGCCUUGCCGGCCGUGAGCGGCGGUGCUGCCGUAGUACUGCCAUAUCGUGCUGAGUCCGUCGUUGAGCACCUCAUCGUGAUUUGUGCAAGCACCGUCGGCUUUCUGGUCCUAUGCGCAGGCAUGAACAUGCUCAGCGAACCCCUCUGCCCGCUGAUGAAGUACCUGGGCUUCGGCCCUCACACCGGCGAGACUGGCGGCACUCGUAGGGCGCUCCUUCGUUUGACUGCCGCCGUGCUCUUCGUGACGCCAGCUUUCGUGAGCUUGAUGGCCCUUUGGGUCGGUGCAAUCCUGGCAGCGGUGGAGGGCUGGUCCGUUGCAGAGGGUUUUUGGUGGAGCGCAGCUGCACAGCUCGGGGGCGGUAUGUCGCUGAGCAGCGCCAGCGUGCAGACCCGUUCGGGAAGGCUUCUGGGAACUAUGGCGGCCGCUUGGAGCAUCGGUGUGGCGGCGCUUUCCGUGGGCGUAGGGAGCUCUCCUGCCGUGGAACCGCUCAUCGAGAGGCUCAAGAGCAUCGCUGGCUCCUGGCGCCGCUGUCGUAGGCAACCCCGAGUGACCGCGACGUCAUCGGCAUGA